AUGGCUGGUGGUCCAACAACAUAUUUCUGGAUUGGCCUCAACUUACUCGGAUCACUUAUUGCUUUUGUCGGAAUUACCUUCAUAAUCAAACACACAUCAAACAUCCUGAAGGACCAUGCCAAAUUCAGUCAAUCAUCUCGAGAUAUGCAUCGUAGUGCUAUCACUGGCCUCGUUAUUCAGAGUGUUGCAGUAUUGUCGUCUACUAUAGUGCCCAUGAUCAUACUCUCCCAUAUAGUUCUUUUCCCUCCAUCCUCGAUAACAUUCAUCUCUCACUAUGGGACAUGCGCCACAUUACUUUUUUCACUUAAAUCUUUCAAUGCAACAGUUUCGAUGAUAUGUACUACAGUACCUUAUAGGAACAACUUUGUUGGAAUAACAGGAGUCAAUUAUAUGUUGUCGCGAUACGGUAGAGGAAAGGUGGUCCCAGAAAACAAGGAUCCUACACGAGUUAGCAGCUCUGCAGCGAUAAAUACUCAGAAAUAAAU